CGAACUGGAUGCCCCUUCUUCUACCGUAGAUUUCUCCAGGUUUGAUACAAUUAUUGAUCUCGUUCAAGAAGAAAAACAGCCGUACGUAUACGUACGAAAAAGACCAAAUAAACCAACUCGAACCUAAAAACCCUUCUUCUUGUUACCAAGCUGUCCUUUUCUGCAGAAAGUAUCACUUUCCCCAAGAAGUAAAGUAAAGACCAACUUUCUCUUUCUACAUAUAAUUUUGGCUAAAAAUGGACUUUCACCGAGUGAAAGUCAGUAAUGGAAUGAAGUGAUGAGCAGAAAUGUACUUAUUUUAUUUGGUCUUUUCUGUAAAUAAUGUGGACUAUAUCCUCCAAUGUAAAAGGGAAAUGUAAAAUGUGCAACUUUUCGUAUAAAGCAGCAGCAUUUCUAAUACGAGAUUCUUUCUAUUACCCAACCCAGCAGCAGUGUAAUGCACUUCGCAUGAGUUUUUUGCGUUAAAAAUCUCUGCUUGUUAAUACGGAUAGCAAUUUGUCGGAUUUAAACGGUACUUCCUGUCCUCAUCCUAUUUUGGCUAAAUCUGUGUAUUUGGGGUAUCUGUGUGUGGGUGUAAUAAAUAUGUAAGAGGAAUGCGACUGGUUUAUUUGUAAGAGUUCUUUAAAGUGGAAAAACUAAGCAGAAAUCUGCAGAAAACUGUUUGUUUUGUUUGGAAUUUUGUACAAAAUACUUAAAAAAUGAAAUGACAUUGAUCUCAUAUUAAAAAUUAGAAAAUACAUUUUUGAUUGGUUUGAGGUGACAUGACCAAUAAAUAUUCGAUUCUAUACACAUUCGUGUCAACGCUCCUGUUAAAGUGAACUCGUAAUUGUAGAACCAUUAUGGGAUUUAUUCGCGAAUCGGGAUUUUGAUUGAGCUUAAAUUUCAAUAUUUGAACAUUUGCACCUUAUUUUAUCGAAAAUAAGUUGUGAAUCCGUAAUAAAUCAAAAUGGGAACUUGGUGGAGCAGACCAAACAGUGAGAACAGUGAAGUAGAAAGUCCACCCACUGCUUUUAGAUAUCCAUCAAAGACAGGAAAUUACUUUGGGACUCACUUCAUCAUGGGUGGGGAACGAUUUGAAACGCCUCAACCAGAACAAUACUUGUUUGGAGAUAACACUGACCUCAACUUCUUGGGGAGUAAACCAGUUCCGUUCCCCUACCCUGCGCCACAGUCGAAUGAGCCCACAAAAACGUUAAAGGCUUUAAUCAACAUACGAAAAGAGACGCUAAAAUUUGUCAAAGUUCAACCACAGCAACAAUCGCCAACAACUAGCGACCCACCACCAACUUCCCCAGUCAAAAAACCCAUUGUUGAUUGUACCGUUGAAUUCGUAUUCGAUGCCGAUUGUCGUUGCGAAAUAACAAUUUUAUAUUUCUGUGUUGAAGAAGUAACAAGCAAUGGAGUGUAUUAUCGACCUAAACAUCCAAAAAUGUGUUCCGAACCUAUCAAAUUCAAGGCAGGAUCCAAUCAAGUUUACAUAAACUCUGAGCACGUUUUCCACCCUGCGGAAUUUCCUGAACAAGACUUGUUGUUUGAUUCUGAAAAGGAACUUUAUCCCGUGGUCAUCCAGUGUAUUGCGUUAGAAGGGGAUGAACCUCGUCAAUCUCAUACCACAACUGCAACAGUGGACAAAUACUCGGACGGAUCUUACUCAAUAAAGCCCUUGAAACAAAAGCUUUUUGUGGAUGGACUUGUAUAUCUUUUGCAAGAAAUUUAUGGUAUUGAGAACAAGAAUGCGUCCAGAAAAUUUGAUGAAGAUGAUUCCGACGCGGAGACGUCAGCGGAAUGCGUUAUUUGCAUGUCAGACAGCAGAGAUACUUUGAUAUUGCCGUGUCGUCACCUAUGUUUGUGUCAUGCAUGCGCAGACAGCCUACGCUAUCAGGCGAGUAACUGUCCAAUAUGUCGUGCCCCAUUUCGUGCUCUGCUACAAAUCCGUGCAGUCUACAGAAUACCACCGUUGAAUAUUGAAUAUUCAGCACUACCCCCCGAGAUGCCAGUCAUACACAUGAACGCUAUACCUGGAUAUGAAGUUAUCCCCCUUUUGGAGGCUCUUAACGGACCUUACCAGCCAUCCGACCUCACCAUGGCUGCAGCAUCCCUUCAUAGACAAGAAGCUGCACGAGCAGCAUUAAACGACUCUACUGAAGGGACGGAACUGAGACCGAUAGCUAUGACCGUCAUGGUCGCCCCAUCUUCUACAAAUUCAGACAUUGCGACGACCACGACUUCAACAACAAAAAGUGACGAUGAAAAGACCCGAUCAGAAAGCCCGAUUACUGUAAUACACGAAUCUUCACGAAAGUCAUCAGCAAAAUUGUCGAAAAGUAGUUCCGAUGCAAAAACCCCUGUAACUAGUGAUCCAGAAGAUGAAGCACAUUUUAGUGAGGCUGCAGAGACACUUCCAGACCUUGAAGAAUUUGGGGACACGCUGGAUUCCACCAUUUUAAAUUCCAGAUAUGAAGAGAAACUUUUAUCUCGCGGGGCAGGAACGUCGUCAAAACCAGACGAUGAAGAAAUGCAAUUACAAAGCAUUGAAAGUAGUCCUGUACAUGGCACAAAUGUGCUCAUGAUUGCAGCCAUUGACGAAUUUUCUGAUGAGGAGGAUACAACCAGAACCCGCAGAAAUGUAUUUGCACAUCGAAUGCUCUCUGGAGAUCGGAGACACGUAUCCGAAUCGGCACAAAGUACUCCAAAGCGAAUAACGGAUGGGGGAGCCGUUCAGAGCAGUCCAGAACAUCAUUUUGGUCGAUUUGGAAACAAAACGGUGCCAACUUCAUUACCAAGCACUCCAAAUUGUAGGCUGUCCAACCCCGGAACGGCAAAUUCCACAUCAACAAGAUCCAGCGGAGACUCGUUUACAUCAUCUAGUUCAACCAAACAAUUGUUACCGAGUUCUUCAACGACUGGAGUGCACCAUUUAUAAAAACAAUCGAACGAGUAAAAGAAAAUCACCCAAUCCAUAAAAGCAAUGCAAUGCAAUCUCAGAUCCCAAAGUUACCUAUUACUUAUCCUACUGACAGACUUGUUAUUGUUAUUACGUAUUAUUCCUUUUAACAAAAAAAACUGACUGAAUUAAGUUUAAUAAAUAUAUGUACGCAAAACGGA